AUGGAUGAAGUUACUAGCAUAGAAACUUCACCAUCAUCUAAUCAAGAAGUGCCAAAUGAUGCAGCUCCUCUUUGGCAGUAUGUGAAUAAAGUAGGAAAACCACCUGGUUCUACUGCUAAAUCAGGUCGAAACACAUACUUUAAGUGCAACUAUUGUGGUGUAGUUUAUUUGGGAUCCUAUUCUAGGGUUAAGGCUCAUUUAUUAAAAAUUCCUAAUAAAGGUAUUAAAGCAUGCCCUAAGGUGACACCGAGCCAUAAGCUGGAAAUGCAACAAAUGCAUGAUCAAGUUGAGAAUGAUAAGUUAGAGAAAGAACGGGGAAGUGAAAUUCCCUUACCCCCACCUCCCCCAGGCUGUGGGCCUAUACUUAUUUACCCAUUUCGGAGAUAG